CGUCCUCACAUUUACAAACGGGCUCAUAAGAGUAACCUUGCUUUGAGCCCGACAUCCUCACAUUGAAAAAUGGAACCGUCGGCAAUAAUGUCACCGGCGAAUUACCCGGCGAAAAUUUCCAGUUAUUCUCAAGCAAUUACUCUCACAAAUCGCCGCCAAAUAGUUCAGAAUCGCAAUUUAAAUCACGUUCGAACAACUUCCCUUUCUUUGAAAUUACCCGCAGUGAUUAAGCAAUGCGACAAUGCAGAAGUCAUCGAUGCAAGAGAGUGCAACGGGAAAGAAUGGAUUCACUUUGUCGGCGUCGGAGGUUGUGGUUUGUCCGCUCUCGCCAUGCUUGCUCUCAAACAAGGUUAUGAGGUCAGUGGUUCUGAUAUAAUGCGGAGUGAUGCCAUGGACGUAUUGCGAGAAGCCGGUGUCCGAGUGUAUAUAGGUCAUUCUGAGCUUAAUUUGAGAAAGAAUAAUGGUUCCGUGCCUAAUGCCCUUGUUAUGUCAAGUGCGAUUCGUGGAAGCAAUGUGGAGAUUUUACAUGCCGAUUCUAUUGGAGUACCCGUGUACAAGCGAGGAGCUUGGUUGGGCAGGAUCACCAAAGGUUACAACCUCAUUGCUGUCAGUGGGAGCCAUGGGAAGAGUACCACAGCUAGUAUGCUUUCUUAUGUAUUAAAUGCAAUGGGGGAUGAUCUUACAGCUGUAAUUGGGGCUCGGGUACCACAGCUUGCUGAAAGAAACAUCAUCUGUGGAACUGGUUGCAACUUUGUACUGGAGGCUGAUGAAUAUGACUGUUGCUUCCUUGAAGUAACACCUCAAAUAGCUGUGGUAACAAAUAUAGAUUGGGAACAUGUAGACAUGUUUCAAGACGAGGAAGCAGUUAAUACUAUUUUCAGGAAGUUCAUAGGGAAGAUAAGGGUUGGAGGACAUUUAAUUUUAUGCGGUGAUAGUUACCAACAGUGGUUUUCUGAUUGGAUUUACAGUCCGGGUGCAUGUUCUUUGGUCAACAAAACGGGCUCAGGCUCUACUCUUCCUGUUCUUCGCAAUGAUGCAUUCCAGAUUUCAACUUACGGAAUUACUAGUUGUAACGAUUGGCAUGCCUUAUCAAUAUCCCCAAACUCUUGUGGGGGUAGUGACUAUCAGCUGUUUCACAAGGGACUUCAUAUUGCGGACAUCAGCCUACAGAUGCCUGGAAUCCACAAUGUUCUUAAUUCAUUAGCAGUCAUUGCAACAAUCAGUGCUCUUUCCACGGAUCAGAAAAACUUUCUUAGUUCCAUUGCUUCUUUGAAGCUACACUUGCAAAAUUUUGAAGGUGUUUCUAGACGUUUUGAGAGGAUAGGUACAGUACGUGGGUGCCAUAUAUACGAUGACUAUGCUCACCAUCCCACCGAGAUUCAAGCUGCUCUUCAAGCAGCACGCCAGAGGUUUCCAUUUCAAGAACUUGUAGUAAUAUUUCAGCCUCAUACAUACAGUCGGCUAGCAGCAUUGAAAGAUGACUUUGCUAUUGCAUUCACUAAUGCGGAUAGGGUUGUGAUUACAGAGAUUUAUGAAGCUAGAGAAACAAAUCUGUGGAAGAUCAGUGGACGCGAUCUUGCAAUACCUAUAGUUGGCCCACCAUCUGAGUUUAUCCCUUCCCUGAUACAAGUGCUGGAAAUGCUGGUUGUUCAGAUAUCCAAGGAUCCCGAUCACGAAAUUGUCAUCUUGACCCUAGGAGCAGGAGACAUAACUUCAGUGGGUCAUAAACUACUAAUUGAAUUGCAGCAGCGGUUCCUAUAGUAUUCUGCUUCACGAGACUGACAGCAAACUCGGAGGUUUAUUGUACACUCAAAUAAUUGGCUAAAUUUGAAGCUGAGGGUCCUAGCAGUGUGCACAUUCAUCUGCACUAAAUAGAUGGCGCCACGCCUGACCUCAUGAUAGAGUAUCUCGUCAGGUAGAUAUGAUGAUCAUAAUGUUCAAUUGCUUGAGAUGUCUGCAUCCAUUGAUUGCUUUCCCUACUGCAGCAAACUCACCAUUCCUUGGGUAUGCAAGGAAUAGAGUAAGAAA